UAGUGUGUAUGUCAUGGUGAGGAGUAAUGUACGUCGACCAUCAAAAUUUAUAAUUUAGUUUGUUGGUGGGGAGGAUUUUUCACCUGUAAAUUAUCUAGAUGGGUGUAAAAGGACUUCAGUAUUAUGUGGACAAUCAUUGUAUUCAAGCCUUUACAGAGGCUUCAAUUAUCGAACUAGCCAAAACUCAUGCACGGCUAUUCAACUGUGUACCAAUCUUGGCUGUGGAUGGUAUGGCUUUGAUACAUAAGUUAUACAGUAGUAUAGGGAAACUAGACUGGGUUUUGGGUGGCCAGUGGUAUGAAUUUGUGGUUAUUUUAAAACAAUUUGUACAGACAUUGACUCAAAAUGGUGUCUGUGUGCUGUUCUUUUUUGAUGGUGCAGUCAGUUCAAGUAAGCGUGAGGAAUGGGCUAGUCGUAGACUCCAACGGAUGAAGGAAAUUGCGGCCAUUUUUGCCCAUAUCCGCUUCACUCAUCAGAAACCUGACAACAAACUAUUUCAGCUUCCGGCAUCAAUGGGUACACUGACAAGAUUUGCACUCAAGUUUGAAUGCAACUGUGAAGUCCUAACGACUGUAUUGGAUGCGGAUCAAGAAAUAUCGGAGUUUGCUCGAAGCAGGGAUGAUUGUUUUGCAAUCCUCAGUCAGGACUCGGACUAUUUAAUUUUUGACACUAAACCUUAUUUGUCAAUCAGUACCCUAGAUUUAGAAACAAUGACAACAGUCUUAUAUGAUCGGAGGGAACUCGCCAAGCAACUUGGGCUUCAUGUAAACCAACUGCCCUUGUUUUCCUGCCUUAUGGGAAAUGAUGUUAUUAGAGUAGAUGUACUGAGGAGGUUUCACCGUGCGCUUUACAGUUCUCAUAGAAACCCUAGUGCUGUUGAAUUGGCACCAGUAAUAGCCAAUCUGAUUAGUAGCAACAGAUGGAGAGGUAAUCCUGAUGAUCAGAAAGAACUUUCUCAGAUAGCUAAAAUGGUAUUCUCAGAUCAGAGGUAUUGGGAACUCAUCUCUGAAGGUUUGAGGGCAUACAGCUUACAGUUCAAGGAUAGUAAAAGUAAGUUCUAUCAACCUUUUGAUCGUUCAAUAAACUGCCCCGAACAUACUCUGUCUGUUGCACGAGAAAGGCAUAGAUAUUGUGUUGACUUUCCUCAUAUUUUUAGUUUGUUAUGUCGACGAGAGUAUGAAUCUGCAACCACUUUGGAAGAUGGAAAUGACGAGAGCUUGCUGCCUUCAGCUCUACUCUUCAGGCCCAUCAGACAGAGAAUGUACAGCUUACUUUAUCAGUAUCAGGUAAAGAGUGGCUUGCACGUAACGACGAGUCCAAGAUUUUACGGUCAGGGUCGUGGACAGGGCAGAUAUGCCUCUCUUCAUAGCAGUUCCUUUUCACUUUCAGAAGGGGUUAAAGAAUGGUGUGCAUACCCAGGAAACCCCCUCACCGAGCCAGAUGUUGUGAUGCCUCUGCCUUUGGAUGUACCAGGUGGACUUCCAACCUUAGAUGAUCUUUGGAAGGACACAGAACCAAGCCUUAGUGCUGCCCAAGUAUCACUGCGAUGGCGAACGUUUGUGGCCUGUGUAGGUAUCUCCAUUCCGAGUUUGAAGCUCCGACAGCUUCCAACACCUUACAUCACUCUUUGCUGUGUAUUAAACUAUAUGUUAAUCCAGCCUGUCGGAGUUAAUUUGGAACCUUUUGAAUUGGCCUCUUUCUUGGCUCAAGCUGUAUCACCUUCUGCUAGGUCAAUGGAAUGCUUGGCUCAUGUCCAAGUUUCCUUCGUGGACAGUCGAGCAGUUCAGCUAGCCUCAACAUUUGUUCGGGGAGUUUCCACAGUUGGCAUGGUUCUUAGUUUGUGUGGUGAGCCAUAUCCGUUGUUGCACACUAUGCCUUGGAUGUUUUUUGAUGGAAAAUUGUUUCAUAUGCUGUAUCUUCAAGCUAAAAGAGGAGCUUCUUUGGAACAGCUUUGUGAAUACAAGGCACAGUCUAUGGAAGAGUUUCAACAACUGUGGUCAGUUACCACGAUUGGCACACGGCUAGCGAACACCCAGUAACCAGUGUCUAGGAUUCUUCACCUAACAAGAAGUCUGCAUUGUGGACCAGCUGUUGUUUUGACUUAUGAAAUGAUGUGAUGUACGUUUAUUUAGAAAAACGAGGAAGAAACCUUGUGGACUUACUUCUGGCGUGAACGUGUUGUACAAAUUUUCAUUUUUUAAAACUAUAAUAGCAGUCAGUGUGUGCAACAGAUAUUUCUAUGUGAUUUGUUUUCUAACUUAUGAAUAAAACAAAAUGUUAUUCUACA